CCGUCGUUUCUAGGGAAGUGUCAACAUUAUUCCCGACUGAUGGUGUGUUGUAAAUGGACAGGGGACUUUUAUAUGUUUGUCACACUACCGCAGCGAAUUAAUGGUUGAAUAUAUUCCCCAUUGCAACCAGAGAAUUAGCAUUAGAUAGUUUGGUUGUUUACAAAUUUUAUUUUGUGAAAGACAAAACAAAAAUAACAAAUUUAUACCUGACAGCUUUGAAAUUUUAGAAAAAAAUGGCAUCUACAGCAUCAGAAAUUAAAUUGCCUGACAUUUCGACACAAACGAUAUAUGCAGGAAAAUAUAAGGACUGGACACCAGAAUUACGACCUGCUGGGAAGCUGACUGCUACUGGUGAUAAAGUAGUGACAUGUCUGAAACCACCAUCUGAUGGAAGGCCUCCAAGUCCCGAGGUUAUUCGUCGUUUUCGGGCCACAGUUAGGCCAGAUGCAGGAGAAAUGCGUGUUUUUUACGGAAAAGCAAAAGAUCCUCAUCUUGUCUGGGCGAAAGAGAUGAAUCAUGGCAUCAAUACACAGCCCUCCUUCUUCGCUAGUGAACUGGUUAAUCCUCGACCUAAGUCACUGUUUCAACAGAGAAAGUUGGACCGGAAAGAAAGCCUCUAUUUUAGCCACCAGGUAGCGCCACUCGGAAGAUCUCAUAAUCAGGAAAAUCAUUUGCCAAGAGGGCUAAAGAAAUACGAAUUUACUUUUGGAAUUCCAACAGAAUUAGACACAGGAGCAGGUGGCCUUAUAAACCCCAACAAAACUUAUGAGGAAGUUGAGAAGGAAAAUCAAGUUGGUCAUGAACUUUAUGUGAGGUCACAUGACGAUUUCAAUGUCGGUGAACAGUUGCACAGAAGUUACACAUCACCUAACUUUAACACAAAAUCAAAGUUUGGAAUUCCGACACCUCAUGACAAUACAGGUCUUCAUGUGAAGAAGACGAUGAAAUGGCUACAUGAGGCUGAGCAGGAACGAGCAACAAAAAUUGUCUCAAAACGCGUAGAUGAAUUCAGGGAGCGUAGCCAGGAACAACUUGGACAAGUACAUGAUCCUAUCAAAGACACAUUAAGGGUGCCACCCGAUCAUACAUUUGGAAUUCUCAUGAAACCGGAUGAGUAUGGAGCAGGUGACUUGCUCCACAUGCGAGGCCCAGGCCAGUAUCUCCGGGGUCGGGACAGACAGAGGGGAGUUAUCUCAGCAAUUAGACAGCAUCUGAAGAAAGCAAACUAUCACAACUUUCAUGACCUCACAUCUGCAUUUAAACAUUAUGAUAAGGACAAUAAAGGUAAAAUAGACAUCCAUGAUUUACAAGAAGCAUGCAUACAGUUCCACCUGCCGGUAGAGCCGGAGUUACUUUGCCAGCUCAUGGAUUACUGCGACGCUGAUCGCGAUGGGAAAAUUAACUAUCUGGAAUUUGCUAACUUCCUUAACUGGAAAGAUAAAAUGCCAACCGGGCUAGAUAUUCAAGCCCCAACAAAAGAAGAGCCUCCGCUGGUUCGGGAAGAUGACAUGGUACCUCGUACACCCGUGAGUGCCGAGAGUACCCCUAGAAGGUUGCAGAAACAGAUUGAUAAAGCUAUCGGCGAUCACAGAACAAGUGCUAGCAUGAUUAACGCUGUCAUGGGACCCGAGGGAAUUUCAACCAGAGAUUAUCGACGCUACGGUGUACCAACAAUCAGGACAGAUUUACACGCUCCUAGAAUACGUCGUGUAGAUGACAGAAAGAAUUAUGGUGAUGAAUCUGAUGCUUACGGUCUUGUGAACCCAUCAUUAUUCAGCCAGAAAGGAGUUUAUGAAAAAGAUUUUCUACUGCCCAGAUCAAAGGAAGAGAUUCGUCAGAUCUUCACAAGUAUUGGUGUAAAGAUGACUGGGGAAACAUUUGAAAAUUUCUACAAUUUCGCAGCGAAGAAACAUCCGAAAGGUUUUGUCAGUGUUGAGUCUUUCCGUAGUGUUUUAGAUGAACUCGAGGCAACAAAAGUGGAAAUUGGAGAGCAUGCUUUGGCCGUAUGAGUUUCAGAGGCGUCUAAAAUACUUGAAAUUAUGUUAAUUACGAUUAAAGUUAUUCAUUUAUUCACAAUUGAUUGAGUUUUGAUUGGUUCCAUCAAUUUUAUCUGAUAGUUUGUAUAUGUCAGAUUUGAAAUUUGAAAUAUAAGCACGGUAAAUUUUUGUGAUAUAUGUAUUUAGGUUGUCAGAUUAGCUCCCUUUUUAGAUAUUUCGUGAACUUGUAACACUUCUUCUGUAAGGAACAACUUAUUGGAAAAUAUUACUUAGUGUACAGUUUAUAUCUUUUGAAAUAAAUAUGUGACUAACGGGUUUUUUUUCGAAGAAAAAUGAAAGAAUACAUGUUUAUAAUUUGUUUGUUGUUAGAGCAAUAAAAUACAGCUCUUGUUUUGAUUUUUAAAGGCCUAUAAUGUCUUUGUUGAUAUGUGGCUGUCAAAUAUUUUGUUAUGAAUUUCCAGUUAAAUCUUAUUUUUGAUAAUUGUUUUCUCAUAUAUUUGCGAAAGGUUUGAAUAUUGACUGACAUGAUAGACAAUAUUACUGAAUCCAUUGUUACUGAUUACCUCCCUUCAUGACACUAACUGUUUAAGUUCACAUGUAAUAUUGAAAUUAGUGAUUUUCUGAUCAUGCUAUUGUGCAUAACAUAUAUUUGAAUAGCUGCUUUUUCUGUUAUUAACAUAAAAGCUGUACGGAACUUUUAAGAACCACAUGGCAAAAGCCAUCAUUAGAAGUAAAAUUUAAUUGAUACCUAUAUUGCCGUGGCUUCUGUAUCCAAAUUUUGUUUGUGUUAAGAUUUAUUUAUAGUGACCACUGGUAACCCAUUAUGGGCAACUCCUCCAGAAGACUGUUAGUAACUUUUAUUUGGAGGAUAGUAUAAGAUACAGAAGAUACUCAUAUUCUGGCUUCAAUCCCUGGUUCUCUAGUGAGCCAGGAGUAGGGUACCCAUACACGGGACUAUCAUUAUAAUUAUUAUUAAUAUUUACUAGAUUUUCAUAGCGCUCUUUUCAUCUAUAAAAUAAAUGUUCAAAAGCGCUGACAUAUAUAUUAUUUGAAUAUUAGCAAUGUGGUUGGAGGAGCUUGGGCUCAAACUCACAACCCCAGGUUUCAUAGAUGGACAGAAUUACCACUGGACCAGUGCAUGGGCUCUUUAUCCAGAUGAUUAAAUUGGACUUUAUUCUUCAACAAUUGUUUACAGAAAGAAAGUAUUAUAUGAUGAACAGCAUUAGAUGUACCAUGUAUUUUAUAUGUCUGUAACUGUUUUAACAGAUAAGGUAUUGCUAUACCUAAGUAUUAUAACCAAUUCAGCAUUUAAGAUUAAUAUAAUAUGAUUUCAUCAUUUUCCGUAAUGGAAUAUCAGUAUUUUAUAAUUAAUAUUUACAGAUAAUAAUUAAACUUAUUUUUAUUGAAUGUAAUAUUGUGUUUACAAAUUGUAUGUAUUUGCAACCAAAUCAAAAUCUUUUUGAAUCUAUAAUUGUUUGACUUCCAUCCAUUGAACAACAUUUUUUUCCAGUUAUUCAAGAUCAGCUUUUGAAAUAAUGGACAUGCACAAAAGUUCAAAGUAUAUAGUCGUCUAUUUGCAACUUCAGACUUAAAGGGGCUCGUCUCAAGAUAUCUGUCAUUGUAUUAAAGAGUUAGAACAAAAUUUUUCAUUUACAGUGCAAUCUCUGUAGAGCGACACCCUUUGGGAGAUACAAAUAUUGAUUGUUAUGUAGAGGUUGUUGUUCUGGAGAGGUGAAUUUGAUAGUAUAUUUAAACUUAGGGAAAUUUUGAUGAUGUUGUUAUAGAGAGGUUUUUGCUUAAGAGAGAGCUGCUCUUGGGAGGUUGUACUGUAUUAGCAAUCUUAGAUAAGGACUGGAUGUACAUUUAGAAGUGUGCCCCUUUAAAAUUAUUGUUAAAAAAUGUUAUUUUCUGUACUUAUCAGUUUUACCAUAUAUUGUUAGAGAAAUUCAGGAAAAUUAAAGACACCAGUAUUAUGAUUACGAAAAAUCCAUUUUUAUACAAUUUAUACAUGUUACUUUUUAUGCCCCCCUUUGAAAAAGGAGGGGUAUAUUGUUUUGCAGAUGUCGGUCUGUCGGUCGGUCGGUCGGAAUGUAGACCUAUCCGUUUCCGGAUGAUAACUCAAGAACGCUUGGGCCUAGGAUCAUGAAAGUUGAUAGGGGGGUUGGUCAUGACCAGUAGAUGACCCCUAUUGAUUUUGAGGUCUGUAUGUCAAAGGUCAAGGUCACAGUGACCCUGAAUAGUAAAACGGUUUGCGGAUGAUAACUCAAGAACACUUGGGCCUAGGAUCAUGAAAGUUGAUAGGGAGGUUGGUCAUGACCAGCAGAUGACCCCUAUUGAUUUUGAGGUCAGUAUGUUAAAGGUCAAGGUCACAGUGACCCUGAACAGUAAAACAGUUUCCGGAUGAUAACUCAAGAACGCUUAGGCCUAGGAUCACGAAAGUUGAUAGGGAGGUUGAUCAUGACCAGCAGGUGACCCCUAUUGAUUUUGAGGUCAGUAUGUCAAAGGUCAAGGUCACAGUGACCAGGAACAGUAAAAUGGUUUCCAGGCAAUAACUCAGGAACGCUUGGGCCUAGUGUCAGGAAAAUUGAUAGUUAGGUUGGCCAUGACCAGCAGAUGACCCCUAUUGAUUUUGAGGUCAGUAUGUUAAAGGUCAAGGUCACAGUGACCCUGAACAGUAAAACAGUUUCCGGAUGAUAACUCAAGAACGCUUAGGCCUAGGAUCACGAAAGUUGGUCAUGACCAGUAGGUGACCCCUAUUGAUUUUGAGGUCAUUAGGUCAAAGGUCAAGGUCACAUUGGCCAGGAACAGUUAAAUGGUUUCUGAUCUUCUUGUCAAAAACCAUAGGGCCUAGGGCUUUGAUAUUUGGUAUGUAGCAAAAUCUAGUGAUCCUCUACCAAGAUUGUUCAGAUUAUUUCCCUGGGGUCAAAUAUGGCCCCACCCCUAGGGUCACAUGGUUUAUAUAGCCUUAUAUAGGAAAAAACUUUGAAAAACCUCUUGUCCAAAACCACAGGGCCUAGGGCUUUGAUAUUUUGUAUAUGACAUCAUCUAGUGAUCCUCUACUAAGAUUAUUCAAAUUAUUCCCCAAGGGUCAAAUAUGGCUCCGCCCUGUGGGUCACAUGGUUUACAUAUACUUAUUUACAGUGUGCAUAUAAUUUCUGUUCCUUGUGCAAUUACUAAAUGCAUCAAGGGGGGCAUUUCGUGUUCGACGAGCUCUUGUGUAAAUUGAACUUAAUCAAACAGUAUAAGUAUUACUAUUGUAUACCAUUUAUAUUGUUAAGGUAGCGUAUAAUGCUUUAUGAAAUGUUAUUUGCUAAACUUCAAAAUUUUGUAAAUUUUGAUUAUUAGCAGAAAAUAUACAGACCUGUACAUUUUUGGAAAGGUUGUCAGAAUAUCUAAACAGAUAAAGUAUAUACAUAUUUUAAUGUGGUAUUUAAAUCAGCAUUAUAUUAUAUAUUAUUUCAUAAAACAGUGAGAAUAUAAGUAUUCAAAAAUGCUAAAAUCUGUUAAAGAUCACAGCUACCUUAUUACAGAAAAUUUAUAAAUAAGAAUUAAACUAUGCAUGUUCUAUUGGUUAUUUUAUUGUGGACAGUUGUUUUACCAUUGAAUUUAGGCAAUAGGUAACCUUCAUUAUUUCUAAAUUAUAAGAAAUAUGUACACACAUGUUUAGAUUUGUCAUUGUUUUAUUUGAAAUGGAAAAAUGAAAUAACACCAUUAUGAUAGUGUUAUUUGUGUAUAAAAUGUGAUUUGGGUAUCAUAUGCAUGUGUAUAAAAUAACUAGCAUAACGUGUUAGAAACUGCCUAUUUGACACAUUUUGUUUCAAUUGUAUGUUUCUCCAUUUGGUAUGUAUGGUUUGUGUUUUUUUGAAAUUCAUGUAUCAAACUAUAGGUAUUAAAAUAAAAUUGCCCCAUUAAUGCAAAAAGGUACCAUAACCUUCUUUAAUUAUCAGCAUUUGGUUCCUUUUUGCAUUAAUGGGGCAAGUCGUGGGGUUAAUACCAAAAGGUACCAAGUGCCGAUAAUUAAAGAAUCCGAAGGUUAUGGUACCUUUUGGCAAUAACCCCACAUAAUGUAUCCAAGGAGGCAAUGUUUUUAUUAUUAGUUUUGAUCUUGAUUCUCUUGAUUUUUAUCGACAGCUUUAAACUUGAGUGAAUCAUUUACUUAAUUUUAAACUGUUGAUUUUAAAUAGGUUAACUGGUUUUAAAAAAAAUGUGACUGGUUUUACUCUGUUUAAGCAAUCACUAUUGAUUGGCUGACUUUUAAAAGCUGUGAUUUUGAUUGGUUGAAUUCAGUUUAAACCAUCAAUUUUAACUGGAUGUCUUUUGAAAGUAGCAAUGAUGUGACAGGAUCUUCAUCAGGCUGGUUUGUUUUGGACUUUGUCUCCGUAAAUAAAUGCAUUAAACAUUUGUUUACCAUUAACAUAACAUAUAUAAAUUUAUAUCACCAUUAACAUAAUAUAAAUUUAUAUCCCAGAAUUCACAUUUAACUAAGUGCAAACAUUUGCUAUAAGCAUUACUUAAUAUGAAACACCGUUAAGGCUGCUGAAGUAACAUAAACAUGAUAUUAAACAUGAAAAAUGAACGCUUUGCCAGCUGGGAUGUAUAUGUAUAGAACAAGUGAUUGUUCUGUAAUUUGUUUUUAUAAGAAUUAAUUUGACUUGUUUUCUUGUCAUGACAGUAGCAAAAUAUAUAUGUAACUUUUUUUAUUAUUUAAAAAAAAAAUAUUAUUGUGCCUUUUUUUUUUUAUUAUCUCUGAUACCCUUACAGAAUGUGCUGUCUCUUUUUUUUUUAUUCUCUGUGAUCUAUUACACUGUGCUUGACUUUGUUAAGUUUCACCCCGGUAUUCACUAGGGUUAUGUAAAAAGUAUUUUAUAUCUAUCUGUGAUAAAAGUUUAAACGAUGACACAAUUUCCAUGCACAAUAGUUUCUUCUUGCACUGAUCUGACUGGUUUUAUUGUUUAUGUGAUUGUAAGUUACUGUCAGAUAUCCCUAUCUUAAAUAUUGUAUACACUUUAAUUAACUUGACUAGGCAUGCAAUAAGGGGUUAUUGGCUUAUCUAGAGGAGGGCGGGGCCAGAAUUAAGGAGUGCCAGCAACCACUUAAAUGCACACAUUGCUUUUUUAAUAAAUUGUUUGUUUUAUUCCUGACCUAAACAAUUGUCCAAGGUUUAGGGUAUUGGCAAGUGCAUAGCAUAUCAAUAAUCGGUUAUUGUAUAAUAUCGCCGCUCCAGUUAUUGGUAUUGGGUUAUAGGAUUCCGCCCAGUACAAAUUUGUUACUAUUCAUAAUAAGGUGUAUAGUAGUUUAAUUGUUUCAGCAUUAUUAUCGAAUUUGAAGAUUUUGAUUGUUGUUUCGGAAUCUGAUUGAAGUUUGUUUGUAACUUUAUUUGUAUACUUGUAUAUCUCUUGAAAAUCAAAUUUAAACAGUAAACUUUUGUUCAUGUA